AUGAUAUCGACGACCCAAAGAGGAUUCAUCUACUUGUUACAUCCAACUCCUGAACUCUGGACGCUGUGUCUCCCCCAUCGAACACAGAUCUUGUACAUUGCCGAUAUUUCGUUUAUUUCUACAUACCUGGACAUGAAGCCCGGCUCGCAUGUCAUUGAAUCAGGCACGGGCAGUGGAUCUUUCUCACACUCAAUUGCACGCACAAUUGCACCUACUGGCAAAUUAUACACCUUUGAAUACCACGCCGAACGUACAGCUGUAGCAGCUAAAGAGUUCACUGACCAUGGACUUGGCGAGAUUGUCCAGAUCCAACAACGCGAUGUUUGCAAAGACGGAUUCGGUAUGACCAACGCAGUGAACGCCGUGUUUUUGGAUCUACCCGCACCAUGGGAAGCUAUUGCCUCAGCCAAGGCUUCAUUCCUGCAGCAUCGAACAGGAAAAAUCUGUACAUUCAGUCCAUGUAUCGAACAAGUAGCCAAAUCUGUAGAGGCACUGAACGAAAACGGAUUUGUUGAGAUCACAAUGUACGAAUGUUUGGUUCGAAGUCACGACGUAAGCCCAAUCAAGAAAGUUGACUUUGCAGAAGCAAUUCAAGCAGCACGACGGAAACGACUAAAUAGUAGAAAGCGACCGCUGGAAGAUGGAGAAGAAGGAGCUUCUGAAAAGGUGUCAGAAAUCGAAUUAUCAGAGACAAUUUCGACCAUGUUGGUAUCGAAGACGCCAGUUGAUACGCGUGGUCAUACCAGCUAUUUGACGUUUGCCACGUUCUUACCUGCCAUUGAAAACAAUGUUGAGCCUUCCGGUGCAGAUGAUUUGAUGGAAACGGUCGUUGUUGAAACCAAGGAUGAAGAAAUGGUCGACAGCGAGGAAAAAGUUUAA